CACAGCCUCUAAAUGUGUUUUUAAAAUGCCUCACGGGAAGGGAAUGGUUAUAUGUGUUUGCAAUAUCUGUGGUGAAAAGCAGUGUUUCCUUUUUUCGACAACACAAAUUGUUUAUAUGCAGUACCGUAACCUAUGUUAAAAGAGCGUGGUGUAAACUAGCUAACGUUACGUAAUAUCAGUUAGUUGACCAGGAAAAAAACCUAACCGGAAAUAUUUUUGUGUAGUACUGUAAACAUAUCGAUAUAGUGGUGUUUUACACUGCAACUGCUUCGAAUGGUACCAACUAGCCAUAAGCGGAUACGAAAUACGGUUUUCAGGUGGACUCUUUUCUAGUGUCAGAGCCAUGAUUUGCUUGCUAAGAUGGAUUACUUUCCUUUGGACUGUGAAUUCAAUCCCUUGCAGUUUUGGAAUGGCAGUGAGUGAACAAACAGAUGGCUCAUGUCCCCUUCUGAGUGUAGAGGAACACAGGUUUUCUGAUGUUUUGGAUCGUCCCCUGGAAAUCACAGGAUAUGAUCUUAGAGAAACGUUUCUUCCCCAAAAGGGAACAGUCACAGAAGACCUGCCAUCAUUUCGUUUAGGAAGCAGUCGACUUAUUAAGCCGACAAAAUUAAUAUUUCCAAACGGGCUUUCAAGCGAAUACUCCCUUGUCGCUACCUUCCGGGUAAGAAGAACUACAAAAAAAGACCGCUGGUAUCUUUGGCAGAUAUUCGACCAAUCAAGACACAGUCAGGUGUCUGUCGUUGUUGACGGUGGCAAGAAGGUGGUGGAGUUUUCCUCCCAGGGUCUGCUAAAGAAUACUGUCCAUUUGAUAUUCAAAAGCCGUGACCUACAUGGCCUCUUUGAUCGCCAGUGGCACAAGCUGAGCAUUUCUGUACAGAACAACGAAUUGUCCAUUUACAUGGACUGCAAGCUAAUAGAAAGGAGACCGACUGAUGAGAAGGACAGCAUUGACCCCAACGGGAACACUGUCAUUACUUCACGAGUGGAGGAUGGACAGCCUGUAGAUAUUGAACUGAAACAAUUUCUAGUUUACUGUGACCCUUUCAUGGCUGAGAUGGAAAAUUGCUGUGAACUUCAGGAGCCAAAGUGUGAAGGCAAGAAGACAUUUAAUGGGACUUCCCCUCCCCUGGUUUCAGAGCAGCUUCCCCAGAUGCUGUCUCAGCCACUCUCACGGCCAGUUGACAGAUGUCACUGUCCAGCUGAAAAGGGAGAUGUUGGUCUUCCAGGGGUAGAUGGGCUGCCGGGACAAAAAGGGGAUAAAGGAGACAAGGGGGACACAGGAGAGACUGGGGUUCCAGGAAACCCAGGACCUAAGGGGGAACUUGGAUCAGAAGGGCAACAGGGAAUCAAUGGGGAAAAGGGUGUCACAGGUCUGCCUGGAGUUCCAGGGCUUCCAGGUGAAAAAGAAUGCCUCAAAGGAGAUCAGGGCCCACGAGGUGAAAAAGGAGACAAGGGAUUGGCUGGGGUGCCGGGUCAGCCAGGGGAACCAGGCAAAGAGGGCAAAAGGGGACGGAGAGGAAAAAGUGGGGAGCCUGGACCCAGAGGCCUACCUGGUCCCCCAGGAGCCUCGGAUGGAGCAAGUGUCAAGAGGGAGAAGGGCGAGUCUGGAGGCCCAGCAGAAAAGGGGGAGAAAGGAGAGAGAGGGGACCCUGGUCAGCCAGGUGCCGAGGGGGCCAGUGGGACGAAAGGACAAAAAGGGGAUGUUGGCGCUCCUGGUCCUCCUGGUCCUGUGAUGACAGCUCAUGGAUUAAGACAGCUCUCUGGAACUGAUGAUAUGACAGAAAGGGAGCAAAAAGGAGAAAAAGGAGACCAGGGUGAACGAGGAGCUCCAGGACCGCAAGGCUUCAAGGGAAACGUAGGGCUACCGGGACUAAAGGGAGAUCAAGGACCUGAGGGGAAGCAAGGCCUUCCUGGACCCACUGGACUCCCAGGACUCCCAGGCGAGCCAGGCUCGCCAGGAGAGCCAGGGGUGCUGGGGAGAGAUGGCCUGAAAGGAGAAAAGGGGGAAUCUGGUGGUGUGGUGGGACCACAAGGACCUCCAGGUCCCAAGGGUGAGCCUGGAGAGCCUGGAUCUGGAUAUAUGGGCGACGGUUUGCCUCUAACUAGAGGGUCUCGCGGGCCCAAGGGUGAGAGAGGUGUCCCGGGAUUGCCAGGAGACCCUGGUGAAAAAGGUGAACCUGGAGAGAGCAUCAUAGGCCCACCUGGCCUCAUGGGACAGCCAGGAAAACCAGGGAUUGAGGGCCCACGUGGAUCCCCAGGUGUAUCCGGCCCUCCCGGAGUUCCAGGAAGAGAGGGCUCCCCUGGUAGACCAGGACCUCCAGGCCCUGCCGGACCUCCAGGUGAACCAACUGCCUUGCCAAUUGUUGGAGACACGGGCGCUUUACUUAAGAAUGCCUGCAGCAUGUGCCAGACGAGAGUUCCCGGGCUGCCUGGGCAGAAGGGAGAGAAGGGGUCCCCUGGAGCGCAAGGAGUACAAGGCAUGGUGGGAGAGAAGGGGGAUCCAGGUAUAAGGGGUCCUAUAGGUAACCCUGGGAAAGAAGGCCCAAAGGGAGUGAAAGGAGAGAGAGGGUUCCCAGGCCCUACAGGAGAUAAAGGUGAUGAGGGACUUUCAGGAGCACCCGGUCUUCCUGGUGUUGCCGGUCGUACUGGAGCUCCGGGGCUUUUGGGCCGACCUGGUCCAAUGGGCCAACCAGGAGCAAAAGGAGAAAAAGGAAAUGAAGGACCCCCGGGCCGACCAGGGCUUCCAGGGCCUCCGGGUGUACCCUAUGUGGAGGGCAAUGGGAUGAGCAGUCUGUACAAGCUGCAGAGUGGUGGAGCUAUUUCCGGAACCCCUGGAGCCCCUGGUGCUCCGGGUCCCAAAGGAGAUGAAGGACCUGCAGGAGAACCAGGGCUCAUGGGAUUACCCGGGCUUGAAGGGCUACCUGGUGCCAAGGGUGAUACUGGUUUUCCUGGUCCACCUGGGAUGCCAGGUCCACCAGGGAAGCCCGGCGCUCGUGGAGAGCCAGGGAUCCCAGGAGAGCCGGGUGAGAGGGGGCCGCUGGGAGAGACAGGAUUCCCAGGGCCCGAGGGACCCCAAGGUGUUCCCGGCAGACCUGGAAAAGAUGGAACUCCUGGAUACAAGGGAGCUACAGGGAAUCCAGGGGACAGAGGAUCCAAAGGAGAACGUGGUGAUCCAGGGAUUUCAGGAGAAAGAGGCGUUCAAGGCGAGAGGGGUCGCACAGGAGAUCCUGGCGCUAUCGGACCGAUCGGCCCACCAGGCCAAAAGGGAGAUCCGGGCCCUCCAGGAUAUCUUGAGAGUAUAAACCUCCUGGGUGAUCCCAGUUUCAUACAGGAACUCAGAAUGUUUAUCCGAAGUGAAGUACUGAGGGUCCUUGAAGAGAAGCAGUCAGGUGCCGCCAUGCUGCAGAAGACACCUGCAGGAAUCUUAGCUUCUCAUAUCCAUGGGCCUCCAGGACCUCCUGGCAAGGAUGGAUUACCAGGCCCACCAGGAGAGCCUGGCCCUCCUGGCCCUCAAGGAUACAGAGGCCAGAAAGGAGAACGAGGCCAGCUUGGACUGGGGUUCGCAGGAGAUCCAGGACCCAUGGGGCCGCCAGGCCCUCCUGGGAUCACUUCUCGGGGCCCCCCUGGCUCUCAAGGGCCCCGUGGACCUCCUGGGACAUGUGACCCAAGUGACUGUCUCCUCCCUGGCUUCAGCUGAGUGCUGCAGCCACAGAGCAGGAGAAGGAUGGCCUCGCUGUAUCUGACAGCUUCCUCUGCUCUGCUUUGUCCAACAGGCUCACAACUGACUUCAUUUGUUCACUUUACAAUAACAUUUGGAUGCAGCUAAGGUUGUUAUUUUUCUGGGAUUGUUGUUGGGUUAGCUUUCAAUGCAACAAACCUUUGUUUUUUUUAACACGUACUUUUAUUUCUUGUUUUCUAGUUUCCCCUACAGUGAUGUAAUGCAUUCCUUGUCAACUCUUAUUACAUCUUUCAAGACCAUGAAAUGGCUUUGUUUUGUCAUGUUCGGUUCUGUCUGCAAACAUGAUCUUAAUUAUUUGUUUGCCUCCUUAAUGGGCAUGCCUGUACAGUCUUCUGUUCUUAUUCAGAUAAGCCAUUGUGCUGACAGAAUGUACAUCUUGUGUGUGCAUGUGUGAGAGAAAAAGAUUAACUGGAUGAAUGAGACUUGUUUUAUGUGUGAGAAAAUAACUGAUUUAAAAAAAAAUACUUAUGCAACCAAAGUGCAGCAUUUGUGUCUGAUAUUGAAAUUAUUUAUUUUAAGUACAAGAAUGUAUUUAACAGAUGGCACUAAUAAUUAAAGUAAAUGUAGCAUGGUUGUUCAGUAAUAUUAUUACAAAGUGGAUUAAUACAUGACUAGAUUAUGGAGAGUUUUGUCUUUUGAAAUGAUCACUCAUGACACAUUUGCGCGUUGAAUGAUAAGUUUGUUUUUUUAGGAAUCUGCAGAAUAACCACUGAUAAAGAGGUUUUCUCAUUUUGUAGGUUAUGCAUCAGUGCUGAGCUCUCAUCAGUGAGGUUUGCCAGCAUUUUUGAUACAAACACAACUUAUACUGUUUGUCUGAAACUAUCUGUACGCAAACAUCAAGGACAUGAAUGUACUUUAAAUGUCACUGAUGUUUAAUGAGUGUGAUAUGACCUCGCUUUGACUUUUACUGUUGGUUUAAUCUGUAAAUAAGUUGCACGAGUGACUGAGGUUUUCUCUCCCCCCCCUUUUCUUUUUUCUUGUCUAAUGGGGCUUUUAAUGGGACCUGACAAUAUAAUUACAGUACAUAAGCAAGUUGUUAUCGUAAUGGCACAUUAAGGUUUUCACUUAUCAAUCACACAUCACUGCAAACCCUUUGUGUAUAUGUGUGUCUGAAAUAAUUAUUAGCAUAAAUUGUUUACAUAUGUUAGUGUUGUGUAUGAUGAUUCCUCUGGUUUAUUUGUAUAUUUUUGAUUUUUAGUUGCACCAAGAAAACCGGACUACUAUACUGCAACUUCAGGCUUCUUAUGUUGGUGACUCAUUUUAGUCAUAAAUUUACUUGAAUCUUCCUGUUGUUAGUUUUAACACUAUCAUGGCCGACAUGGUCCAUCUCCUGGUUUUUCACUGCGUCACUAUGUAUUGUUGGGUUUGGGGUCUCUUAAGACUGGAGUUUUGAUUUAUUUAUUUACUAUAAUAAAGUAAUUUUAUUGUUCUCAACAUUUGCAGAAGGUUUGAGUCAAAUUUAUUUAAACGGGCUAUAUGAUAUAUCACAUGUGGACAGAUGAAUAUCUUACUGAGUAUAAUCACUCUGAGAAUUUGCAAAACGUCUUGAGGACAGAAGGACAAAAGUUGUCAGAUUUGGGAUCUAAAUUAAAGCGAUUUUUUUUUAAGACAAUGCAUAAUUUGGUUAUUGUGAAAAACACUAAACAAUGAAGUUUUAAAUAGUAGAAAAAGUUAAUUAUCCUGCAGUGUAUAUCACUUUCCUGGUGCUUUCAUGCUGAGCACCGUUUAAUGAAAGUUUGACUCAAAGGCUUUAAUUUUACUUUUACUUUUACUUUUACUUUUAAGUGUCCUGCUGUGAUUAAUGUUUGAAAGGUUGUGUGGAAAUAUCUGAAAAUUUGGGGAAAUUAAGAGCUCGGCUCUAUCUGUAUUUCAUCUUUUUAGAUCUGUUUGACACUUUUUUUCUUUUUACUUCAUGUCUCACAUCAUAUGAAGUCAUCAUUCUUCUCUUACACAUGUAAAUUAUAACUCACAUCUUAUUCAUAAAGCUACAGAGCAUUUUUCGACAUGCCAGUUUGGUUUUAUCUCUGUUAAGUUUUAUCAGCAUAAGUGGGUCUAAUUUUAGAUGGGCUGUGAAUCAAAUGUGUGCCACCGACUUCAUUUGUGAGCUAAAAGAGCCCCCUGCUGGAAAUGCAUUUAUUUGCUCAUUGCUUGUGAUGUGAAUAAAAAUAAUAUUUCUUUGGAUUAUAGGCCACAUAAAAUCCCCUCCUUCUAUAGGCCUUUGUUGUUUCAUCACACUAAUUUUAAUAUUUGGCUUAAUGGGCUCCCCUCGGAGACAGUAAUGGCGACCUUGACGAAAUUCAAAGGAGACAGCAGCAGCAAACUAAUGUGAUCUGAACUUUUCAGUGCACUGAUGAGAGCGACUCUGUCUGUAUAUUGAAUUAAUAUUAAUAUGCACCAGUUUGUGACUUCAAUUUAGCUAAACAGAAUGAUAACUAGGCAAGACACGAAAUGGCUACUGAUGUCACAGCCCACUUCACUAGCAAUUUGGUGCCAACCAUUUAACAUCACUCACAGUUAAAAUCCAUUUGUUCCAAGUGGAAAAUGCCGUAUGAAAGCAAAGGAUGGAGGGGUUGUAUGCUGGUGCAUCCUUCAGAUGAAAUGCUGCUUUAAAGAAUGGUGUGCCGAAUAGUGUGAAAUUCAUUUAAAACAAAUUAGCAUGUUUGCUUUUUUUGCUUUUUUACUGUAAUGUAACUUGAUCCAUUGCCACGUUUAAUCCAAUUUUUUAAUAAAUAAGCUUGUAAUAAGGGGGAAUAUGGAUCAGCCUCUCAGGUGGUUCUUUGGAUUAAAAAUGUCUGCCCUCUGCUCUCAUCUGAUCUCCUCUGUGGUGCUGAGUAACUUUAAUGUGUGUUUUUCAGUCUUUGUUUCACUGAAUAUCUACCUCAGUCUUGGUUUACCACAUGUCUACAUCAUUAGCUAUUUUGGAAAAACUAUCACAACACUAACUGUUGCCUUUCACUGAAAAAGCAUUUGAAACCACGUGUAUGUAAAAACUGAAAUUUUUCAGGCCUGGAUCUUAAGUAUCAGUCUCAGUCAGUUUAGCGAACCAUAUACUUGGACAGUAAUGCUCCUGUUAUGGAGGAGGAUCCAAUUUGCAUGUGGUUACCAGGUAUCAGAGGUUAUAUUUUACUGUUUUCUUUGUAUCAUCUUUUGCUUAAACAGAUUAAUGGAAUCUGCCUUAUA